ACAAAAACAAGCUUUGGUUUUUCUAAUAUCUAACUCCAUUAUCCAAUUCCAACUUUAGCUUAUAGCUUCUUAAAAAUCCUUUUUUUCUUUGUGUUCUUGCAUCUUGUUGUUCAACAACACCACCAUCUUCUUGUUCUUAAUCCCACACACAAUCAUUUGUUGUUGUUUUGUUCAUCAUUUCAAUUUUCAGGUUCACAGGUUUGACUUUAAGGAGCUUCGGAAAAAAACUUGCCCUUUAAUCUUUAUCAUAAGCAGUUGCUUCGAAGAUAGCAGAGGCAUUCUGAAUCCUACUUGGGUUUAUUGAGUUUUCAAUGGGAGGUGUAUUCGGAAGGCAUGAUAGCCAUAAAAGAUGGAUUUACGGAACCAAAAUUGAGAAUAAAAUUGUUGAAGCAAUGCAAAAGAGGGAAUCUAAAGGAUCUUCGGUGAAAUCAUUCAACACUAUAAUCUUGAAAUUCCCAAAAAUUGAUGAAAGCUUUAGAAAAUGCAAAGCCAUAUUUGAGCAGUUUGACGAGGAUUCGAAUGGGGUAAUAGAUCGAGAAGAGUUGAAAAAUAGUUUCAGUAAACUGGAAAUUUCAAUUACUGAGGAGGACUUGAAUGAUCUCUUUGAAGCAUGUGACGUCAAUGAACAUAUGGGAAUGAAGUUCUCUGAGUUCAUUGUACUCCUUUGCCUUGUCUACCUUCUCACGGACGAUCCAGCAGCCCUUCACAUUAAAUCACAAAUUGGGUUGCCGGAUCUAGAGGCCACGUUCGAGACUUUGGUCGAUGCAUUUGUGUUUUUGGACAAGAACAAGGAUGGUUAUGUCAGCAAAAGCGAGAUGAUUGAGGCAGUAAAUGAAAGCCGGGAGCGUUCUUCUGAAAGAAUAGCAAUCAAAAGAUUUGAAGAAAUGGAUUGGGAUAAAAAUGGAAUGGUGAGCUUCAAGGAGUUCCUUUUCGCGUUUACUAGGUGGGUCGGAAUCGACGACAAGGAAGAUGAAGAGGCCUGAGGCCUGAAGCUUGUCAUCAAUAAGUGCCUUAUACUGCUUCUGUUGUUAGUAGCUGGUAAUAAAAAAAAACAAAAUGUUUCAGGCUCCAAAGAAACCUGAAAAUUAAAAAAAUGGAGGCUUUUCUUGUUUUAGCUUGCAAUAAAGGGCUGGUUGCUACACUUUGAUCUGCAAUAAACCUUUCAUAGAUGAAGUUCAUUUGUAAAUAGUCAGAAAAGUGUGUAUAACUGUGAGUGCUAUGUUGAAGAUGUGUUAAAAUAUUUUACCUUGUAACUGCUACUAUGUUGAUUAGACAGCCUUCUUCAGUAGUUUUUCUGUUUUGCUUUAUUAUUCCUAUUAUUGGUAGGCAAGUUCAUUCCCUUCCAAGUGCCAAGUAUGGAAAAAGUUUGAGAUCCAAGGUUAAGAUUAGAA